AGGUGCAGGGGGCGCUUCCCCAGCGCGGGCGCAUCCUGGGCCCCAUCUGAGGCCGUGGGCUCCUAGCAGGAGGACCUGGAGUUUUCAGAUCCCCGCGAAGGAUGCAUUUUCCCCCACUCUCGGGGACAAGCUGCCCUUUGGUGGCGUUGGACACGGAUCACCGCCUGGCAGAAGCCCGCGACAGCGUGGAGGGAGCGAUGCCCCCGCCCAGGACUCCUCGUGAGUGAUGGCGCCAGGAGGCCUUGGCUGGGACAGAUCGGGGCCUCCCGGUCGGUCAGCGACUCGCGCCCGGCUGCGGCUUUCAGAGGCUUUUGGACACCGCCUGCCAACCCGCCGCGCCUCUCGGGGUCCGCUCCCCCGGACUGGCCCUGCCCACGGAGCGAGGGUAGUAGCCGGCGGCCAGGAGCCAGUGGCGGGAGCCGCCGGUGGGAAGACCGGCAGGAGGCUGCGCUGGAGCCCGCUGGGCAGCGCCAACCCCUAAGGCAGCCGGGCGGAUUCUGGGACUGUCUUCCUCUCCUGAUUGACUGCAUGAAGGGGAUUUCUGGUGGGGGAAGGGUAGCAGCUCUUGCCACACAUGCAGAGAGAGAGGAACUUCCAGUGCCCGCUAUGGAGCCACAGCCCACACCAUGGGGAGGGCCCCGUCCAGUGGCAGUGCUGCAACUAGAGGUAGCUCCAGAGUCCUCCGGGUCCUGCACCGAUACAGCCAAAGACCAGCAAAGCGACGAGCUGCCAGACCUCAUGCCACCUGCCGUAGCCACUGGCCUGAGCCCUGGAGCUGAGAGCGUCACUGGAGAUAGAUGUGGCAGAGAAGAGGUUAUGAGCAUGGCCCCAGCCAGCAGCUCCCACGCUGCCCCUAGUCCUGGGCAUGGAGCGAGCCUUGGUUUCGGAGACCAGGGUGUGCAGUCUGAGCUCCUCUACCUUACUAAAGAGAGGCCUCUUUUAUUUACCAGAGCCACAGCCAUGCUGCAUCAGGACCUUUUCAUUCUGCCAGUGCUGGGGCUGUCUAUCUGCAAGCUGGAGGUGUUGAGAGCAGGAAAAGGAGGCUGUGAGGAAGGGUUCCAGCAGCUCCUCCUGCUCUCAGAGGUGACCUCCUCCUCCAGGCAUGGAGGUCUGUCCACUACUGGGCUUCUGGGCUAUUUGCCCCUGAUUUGCUCCCUGGUACGGGCUCUUCUUUACAGGCAGGCAAGGGGUGCGGGGACCAGGCGGGGGCUUCAAAGGGUACAGCACCAAAUCUUCCAAACUCAGCAUUUGUGCCCUGGGGUCUCCAAACAGUCUACUGCCCUAGGAUUUAUUCAUACUGUUAAAUUACCAGUUUAUGCAAAUCAUACGUAAAUAAAGCUCAACUUUUUGAAACUUC